UAUGGCUCGCAUGAGAAUGAAAAAAUUGGAGGAAUAUUUGUCGGGAGUAGAUGGUUUUGAGAAGCCCAAAAUCAAAUUGGAACAAUAUCCUACACCUCCUCACAUAGCUAGUUGUGUUUUAUAUAAUAUACAGGCUCAAUUUGAGGACUUGGAAGGUAAAUUAGUGGGAGAUCUCGGUGCUGGCUGUGGCAUGUUAAGCAUAGGCUCAUUUCUCUUGGGAGCCCAGCUUACCGUAGGCUUUGAAUUGGAUCCGGCUGCUUUAGAUGUUUUUCGUUACAAUGUAUCUGAAAUGGAACUGCCCGCCAUUGAUUGUAUUCAGGCAAAUGUUUUGCAACUGCCCGGUACCAAAUGGGAAAAUUGUUUCGACACCGUAGUCACAAAUCCACCAUUUGGUACAAAAAAUAAUGUUGGCAUGGAUAUGCGUUUUAUAGAAACUGGCAUGCAUUUAGCUACUAAGGCCGUAUACUCAUUACAUAAAACGUCCACAAGGGAUUACAUACUUAAAAAAUCAAAAGAUUGGAAUGUCAAGGGUCAAGUGGUAGCUGAACUUAAAUAUAACAUUGAGGCCAGCUAUAAAUUUCAUAAAAACAAAUCUGUAGAUAUAGAAGUUGAUUUUUGGCGCUUCGAUGUAGCCGAAAAAGAAAUCUAGAACUAAUUUUUUUUCUUGUUUCUUUAUAUAAGUAGAUAACUAAUUCCAGAAAAAAAAAUUAUUUUAAAAAUUUACAAAACAUAUAUGUAUGUAAUAAUAAAAGUAUAAUGAAUGCAUUUAAAACAAAGCUAAAUUAAAA